AUGACCUCAGGACAGAAAACGCGCACGGACCACAAAUAUGGCGUCAAGGACAAAGACUGGUACUGGGAGCUGGUGGAACUAGAGGUGGAGGGACACAUCUUUAACGUCCCCAAAUACCACCUUAUCCACGGAUCUGAGCGGUUUGCCGCUGCGUACGGUAUUCGCAACAAAGGAAAACCCAGCACACCUGACCCAGCACCCGACGGAGAACCUCCUGUUCCAGUCGUCGACCUCAUUGGGCACGACGCGCCUAUCCCUCUUGUUCAUGUUCAACUCGAGGAAUUCCGGAUUUUCCUGAGCUUUCUAUAUCCCAUAAAGAUCAGUUUCACCAUCGAGUACACCAAAGACGAGUGGAUCGUUAUUCUGAAGUUUGCGUCUUUCUGGCACUUUGAAGAUAUCAAGCGCAUGGCCAUGGAGGAGCUGGAAUCGAUCCGUCUCAGCCCCCCGGAGAAGAUCUGCCUUGCAAAGCGAUUUUACAUCGCAGAAUGGCUCCUCGACGGAUACGAGGAGCUAAUUGACAACCCUCAGACUAUGAGCAUGGAUGUAUCUGAAGAGAUUGGACAUGAAUCGGCGGUGCGGGUCUUUAUGUGCCGAGAAAACCGCCAGCAGUACCUCAGAGAGGGCAGAGAGUAUCUCAAGCAAGUAUUCGCGAAGGAACUCGAAAUUAUCCGCCAGCGAAGCCAGUUGUGUCCAAUCUACGGCGAUAAUUUACUGCAUCUUCAGUUUAAGCAAGACAGGGCAUGGGUGAAAAAACAGGAGUGCAGCGAGGUGAAGCAAGAGCCAGGGGAGAACUAGUCAUUCCCUUUGUAUCGUUUGUCGAAAUAUUAUCUGUGCACGUGAAUCGC